AAGAGAUAGGCGUAAACCCUUCUUCCGGCUUCCUUGCUCCACAAUCUUCUUCGUGACGCCGGCUUCUCCUCCGCCCUUCCAGCAGCUCUGUGUCGCCGCCGUGUCCCACAUAGCAGCUUGUUGUUACCGCCACAAACAAGAUGGUGCUAUCAGAGGAGGAAAUCACCAGGCUUUUCAGAGUUCGAAAAACUCUAUUUCAAAUGCUAAUGGACCGAAGUUAUUUUGUUGGAGACUUUGAUAUUGACAUGACAAGGGAGCAAUUUAAGCAUAAAUAUGGUGAAAGCAUGAAAAGAGAAGAUAUUGUUAUCAAUAAAGCCAAGAGAAAUGAUAGCACUGAUCAGAUAUACGUUUUCUUUCCAGAAGAACAGAAGGUUGGCAUGAAGACAAUUAGAACAUAUGCUGACCGCAUGAGAUCAGAGAAUGUUUUUAGAGCAAUAGUGGUCGUUCAACACAGUUUGACCCCAUUCGCUCGUACUGGUAUAAAUGAAGCAUCUUCCAAAUUACACUUCGAAGUUUUCCAGGAAGCAGAAUUGCUAGUUAAUAUCAAAGAUCACGUCCUUGUUCCUGAGCACCAGUUACUUACCAAUGAAGAGAAAAAGACAUUACUGGAGAGAUAUACCGUGAAAGAUACACAGCUACCCCGCAUACAGGUGACCGACCCCGUUGCAAGAUAUUACGGUUUAAAGCGUGGACAAGUUGUGAAGAUCAUCAGACCAAGUGAGACUGCAGGAAGAUAUGUAACUUACAGAUAUGUUGUCUGAGUAUAAUAAUGGAUUUUUAAUUGAUAUGAUAUAAAUACACUUUAAAG